AUGGCAUCUCUCUGUUCAGUUUGCAAGGGCAUAACCCCGCAAGCAUUGGCUCAGCCUGAUGGAUAUCGCCAUAUCGAGAGUGCACACGACCUCAUUCACUCGGCCAAGGUGUGCGAAUUCUGCAGUCUGAUACGCCGCGCGAUGGACCAGGAUUGCAGGACCCCCAAAACGGACGAUCAAUUCCCGACAAACACAAAGCCUGAACCUCUUUACCUAUUCGGGGUCGGUGAUGGACUAGCCACGGCCGAGGAUGCUUGUGGGGAUGGCAUUGAACGCAGUGAGCCGCCGAAAUUAUUUGGCAUCAAUGUGCAUAUCCCAGAUAUCGAAUAUGAGUAUGAUCUCGUCAGGUUGAGUCUAUUCUCGGAACCUGGGACCGCUCCUUCUCGCAAUAAAGACGUUGUUGGGAUGAGAUUGUUGACGGAUUCGGGUUCGAAUGAGGUGUUUGGACUUGUAGAGCGUUGGUACAAUACCAGCAAAAACAACCACACGGAGUGCAAUGAGACAUUCACUGGAACAGUGGGCUCCUUGACGAAGAGCUACGAACCACUGCUGCCCACCAGAGUUCUUGACGUUGGUUCAGCCGAUGGAUCAGGGGAACCAAAACUUCUGGUAAACAACGGGACUCAUGCCUCCAUUGCUCAAGAUGCCAUCAGGAUUGUUCGUUUUCUCGGCUUGCGUUACCUCUGGAUCGAUAGCCUCUGCAUCGUGCAGGAUAAUGCCGAUGACUGGCGUAAAGAAUCAGUUCAGAUGGGUCGUAUCUACAAAGACGCCGAAAUAACCGUUGCCGCCUCCGGCGCCCGAGACGGAUCGGAGGGUUGCUUCGUUCCACGUCCUCCGCUGCAACCGGUCGUUCGUCUUCCCUACAGCGAACCGAGCCAAGGAGAAUAUAUGUCCGCAACCCUAUUUCCAGACUCGAUAAAUACCACUGUCAGCGAGACGCCGCUUGACAAUCGGGCUUGGAUAACUCAAGAAUGGAUGCUCUCCCCUCGCGUCAUUCAUUACACAAAAGCACGAUUGGUCUGGGCGUGCCGCACCUUGCUCAAGUGCGAGGAUGAGGCUCUUCGAGAGCGCCCGGCGCUACCAACAAGCCAAGCACUCGCAGCAGAGAGAGGCGACUCAUAUGUAGACAACGAGGAAAUUAUGGGAUUCUAUGCUGACUGGUGCGAUCUUGUGUCCACAUACGCUGCACGAAACCUAACGUACGACUCGGACAAACCUGUCGCCAUCUUGGGUUUGGUUACGGAGGUCGGCAAUGGAAUCGGCGAGCGCUACACCUACGGGGUAUUUUACAACGACUCUCUGCUCAGCGAAGACUUUCACGCGCACUGCGUGGUCACUCAACUGCUCUGGUUUGCGAAAUUGACGCUGACUCGCCCGUCCGCACUUCGAGAUCAGCCAACUUGGUCCUGGACAUCUACCAUUGGCGCCAUAUCGUUCCUAGUACCUGCCAGAGCAGCGGAGAACCGCAAUAGUGAUAUUAUUCGCGUUCAGCCAAAGAUUUCAGCAUCGUCUUGGAAGUUUUCAGCUCUGUUGAAGGAGUGGGAGGCACGACGAGAAGGGGAUUCGUCCACUCGAACUGGAGAUGACUACUACUACAUGGAGUUUUAUCCCAAAGGAUCCAUCACAUAUGGCGGUUUCGUAACGCAGAAUACGAAACCCAUCUCGGGAAGGGAUAUGGCGCCUGCUGGAUGGGUGGUGUUUGACUCGAAUGUCGGAACGGCAAGGCUGAUAAGGAGCAAUGGGCAGGUAUCAUGGGCUGGCUGGCGCCUGCCCUGGGCGAAGUGGGACAACUGGCUUAGUCAUCACGGCCGGUUAAGGUGGGGCAACCACCCAGGCCGCCCCCACCUACUUCGAUCGGCCCCUGCCCACAAUGUAAUUAGGAAGAACAAGAACAACAGCAAUUAUCACGGACAUCGACGUGAUUGUUGCCGAAGAUACACCCUCAUGAGGAAAUGUAUCACGCCUGUGAUACCAACAUCGAAUGAGUGGCCUGCGAAGCCGUACUACCUGGCCAUAAUUUCAGCUAACGAAUUUGACGGAAAGCCUGAUGGCUUUAAACUGAUGUUCCUCGCAGAAGUAAAGCCAGAUCUUGGACUUGGAUCUUACAGACGGUUCGAGAGGCUUGGGGUCGGAUAGAUUAUUGACCAAGCGUGGUUUGAUCAUGCUGAAUUUGCGACCAUCACGUUGAUUUGAUGGCUGCCGGCCGUGAUGAAGAGCUGGAGAUUCCAUUUUUGAAUCGGAUUACAAAGGGACUUCUUACAUGGACGCUAGACUUGAUAUGUAUGUCGGCCGUUGAUGGUGACUGUUGGUUCACGGGGUCG